UUCUUAUUCGCUUUCUCUCUGUAUCUCCCUCCCUCUCGAUCGAAAUGGAAACUGAGACUAAAGCUCCGGUGGUGGCCAAGAAGGUUUGGAGCAUUGUACGGUUGGUUCUGGUCAUGUUGAGAAAAGGUAUAGCCAAGAGCAAAGUCGCGCUUGAGCUCCAUUUGCUUCUCAAACGCGGGAAGCUUGCCGGAAAGGCCUUAGCCGACAGCACUCUGAUGCUCCACCACCACUUCGCCGCCGCCUUUGCCUCUCGAUCUAACAACCACCACCAUUCCUUCAUCCCUCCGCGUGAAUACGAGUUCAGCUGCAGCAACAGCCCCGCCUACCCCUUCGCCUCCGCCAUCAAGCGCAAGCACAAGCUGGGUAAGUCGUACCAAUACGACGACGUGUGCACCGUGAAUGCCUUCCAGAAAGUGCUGGAGAUGCUGAACAAUGAGAAUUCCAAGUUCGUGGAAGCCUCGCCUCUGGUGACAUUGCCAGGCUUCGGGAAAAGCCCUAUCGGGAAGCAACUGAGAGUGACCGACUCGCCGUUUCCCUUGAAGGACGACGGAGAUAGCCAGGUGGACUUGGCGGCAGAAGAAUUCAUUAAGAAGUUCUACAAAGAUCUAAAUUUGCAGAAGACAAUGGCCGUUCUUGAUUCGCCCUGCCCUAAAUAUUUGUGGGAUAGGUGAAUUACGACGUCGCUCAUA